GGCCUCUUAUUAGUUGGUAAAGAAAGAAACAGAGAGAAGAGAGAGAGAGAGAUAGAGCAGUGAAGAAGAAAUGGGAAGGAUAUUCACGGUGGAGCUUGAAGGAAGAUCUUACAGAUGCAGGUUCUGCAGAACCCAUCUUGCUCUUCCCGAUGAUCUUGUCUCUCGGUCGUUCCAUUGCCGCAGAGGGAAGGCUUACCUUUUCAAUCGUUCGGUGAACAUAAGUAUGGGUCCACUAGAGGAAAGAUUGAUGCUUUCGGGUAUGCACACGGUAGCUGAUAUUUUCUGCUGCUCUUGUGGACAGAAUGUUGGCUGGAAAUACGAAUCAGCGCACGAGAAAGCUCAGAAGUAUAAAGAAGGCAAAUUUGUUCUGGAAAGAGGAAGGAUCGUGGAUGAAAUCGAUUUAUCAACUGAGGUUUAUAUCGAUACUCAUGGUAGCACAAGCGACACAGAAGAUUGUUAAAUGUUACCUUUUUUUUGUGGAAUAAUGUUUGUCAAGAGCAGAGCUUGUUAGUGUAGAAAUCAGUAGCAUGUUUAUAGAUGUGUAUGAAACUUGUGUUGUUGUUUUAAUAUCUCGUAGAAAUUAAUGUGAACUUAAAUC